UUCCCCUCUCCGGCGCCAGCCUCCAUCGCAACACAUAAGGCCAAACGAUCAGCCUUGACCGCCGGCCAAUCCAUCCUCCCAUUCCUCCGUCGUGGGCCGCGCCGCUGGUUUCGUCGGAAAGAGGGAAGAGGCGUUAAAUUGCAUAGAGAAGUUUUCAAAAGGAUCCCUCUUUCCAUAUUUUAUUUCUAGAACUACCCCCAAUCGGAUCGCGAUCCAUCUAGGGACCGAUUUUGAACCAUCCGAUCAGUCCUGUGCGGCUUAGAGCGGCAGAACAAAAAACCAACGCCGGUAUUUUUUCAAAUUACACCUUAUUAUUGAAGUUCCGUCAAAAUAUGCCCCCAAACUGGAUCGCCAUUAAUAAUCGCGAUCCAACUUGGGGUCCAUAUCAACCAUUCGAUCGGAUACAUGCGGCUGUGAUCGAGGCAGGAAAAAGAAGCAGCGACAUUUUUCCAAAAAGGCCCCCUUUUCUGACGUCAGCCUUCAAGUCCACGACAGCGACGACGCCACUGGCCCACCGCGCUCUACAACCACCAGCAAGCGAAGUUUCCACUGAGCUUCUGGAAGAAAAGCCUCCACCAGUUCACUGCUGCCGGCCGCCGGCCGCCGCCGCCAGCCAACUACCCAUGGCCCCACCAGUUCGCGGCGCACUACAGCAACCACCCGCAAGCGCAGCAGCUCCCACUAACCUUCUGGAGCAGGAGCCUUCGCCGCCGGCCGUCGCAGAGCCCACCACCCAUGGCUUCCGGUUCCGGCGAAGAGCUCCACGGCCACGAGGAUGAGGACUACGGCGACGCGGCCACCAUGGAGGCGCUGCGGCAGCUGCGCGCGGGAUACGCCUGGGCGGACGUGGCGUCGCUCGAGCCGGCGUCGGCGGCGGGCCGCGCCGUGCGCGUGCGCGGAGCGGCGCAGGCGGUGCGCGCCGUGGGGCGGCGCGUGGCGUUCCUCGUGCUGCGGCAGGGGGCAGCCACCGUGCAGUGCGUGGUGUCCGGCGGCGAUGGUGGGAUGGCGCGGUUCGCGGCCGGGCUGAGCCGGGAGUCGGUGGUGGACGUGGCUGGCGUCGUGUCGCUGCCACGGGAGCCCGUCCGCGGCACCACCCAGCAGCUCGUGGAGAUCCAGGUGGAGAAGCUCCACUGCAUCAGCAGGGCCGUCCCCAACCUCCCGAUCAGCGUCGCUGCCGCCGCGCGGAGCAAGGAAGAUGUCGCAAGAGCCAAAGCUGCCGGGGAGCAGCUUGUUCAUGUCGGGCAGGACAAGCGGCUGGACUACCGGGUGAUCGACCUCCGCACCGCCGCCAACCAGGCCAUCUUCCGCGUCCAAUGCCAAGUCGAAAACGUGUUCAGGCAGGUGCUGCUGUCGGAAGGGUUCGUUGGCAUCCACACGCCGAAGCUGCUCGGCGGGUCGAGCGAGGGCGGCGCGGCGGUGUUCAAGCUGGACUACAACGGGCAGCCGGCGUGCCUGGCGCAGUCGCCGCAGCUGCACAAGCAGAUGGCGGUGUGCGGUGGCUUCGAGCGCGUCUUCGAGGUGGGACCCGUGUUCAGGGCCGAGGGCUCCGACACCCACCGCCACCUCUGCGAGUUCGUCGGCCUCGACGUCGAGAUGGCGCUCAGGGACCAUUAUUCCGAGGUGUGCGAUGUUGUGGAUCGGCUGUUCGUCGCCAUGUUUGAUCAUCUGAACAAGAACUGCGCCAAGGAGCUCGAGGCCAUCCAGAGGCAGUACCCCUUCAAACCGUUAAAGUACUUGGAGACGACGCUGCGGCUCGACUACGACGAAGGCAUCCGAAUGCUGCAGGAAGCCGGGGUCCACGUCGACCCCAUGGGGGACCUCAACACUGAGGCCGAGAAAAAGCUGGGCGAGCUUGUUCGAGACAAGUACGGCACGGAGUUCUACAUGCUCUGCCGGUACCCGUCGGCGGUGAGGCCGUUCUACACCAUGCCCUGCUCCGACGACCCACGGUACAGCUGCUCCUUCGACGUCUUCGUCCGGGGCGAGGAGAUCAUCUCGGGGGCGCAGAGGGUGCACGACCCGGAGCUCCUGGCGGCGCAGGCGGAGGCGCGGGGCAUCGACGUCGGCACCAUCGCCGCCUACGUCGACUCGUUCCGGUACGGCGCGCCGCCGCACGGCGGGUUCGGCGUCGGGCUGGAGCGGGUGGUGAUGCUCUUCUGCGGCCUCGGCAACAUCAGGAAGACGUCGCUCUUCCCUCGCGACCCCAGGAGGCUGGCGCCAUGACCCCAGCUCCAUGCCCCUGUCAUGUGGACCCCCCGUGCAUAUCAAAACGCACAUAAAUAAUAAGCUGACACGUAUGUUCGUAA